AAUUGCGCGCAGCUGCGUCACACAGUACCGCCUUUACGAGCUCCGCGCCGAGACAGAAAAAUGGCCAACCACUCAAUGGAAAUUGUAGCAAAGGCGCUGGAGCAGCAGAUGCUGCACUCCGCACGGAUUGUGGAGGAGCAAAUAGAUGCUGAACUGGAGAAGUUAGAGUGCAUGGAUGAGGAUGAACUGGAGCUUCUCAAAGAGAGGAGACUGGAAGCCCUCAAGAAAGCUCAAAAACAGAAGCAGGAUUGGAUCUCCAAAGGCCAUGGUGAAUACAGAGAGAUCCCAAGUGAGAAAGACUUCUUUGCUGAGGUGAAAGAAAGCAAGAACGUGGUUUGCCAUUUCUACAGAGACUCCACUUUCAGAUGCAAAAUUCUAGAUAAACACUUGGCUAUCAUGGCAAAGAAACAUUUGGAGACAAAGUUCUUAACGCUGAAUGUAGAGAAAGCUCCUUUCCUCACAGAGAGGCUUAGGAUUAAAGUUAUCCCCACUAUGGCACUGGUGAAGGAUGGAAAGACUAAGGACUAUAUAGUGGGCUUCACUAAUCUUGGUAACACUGAUGACUUCACAACUGAAAUGUUGGAGUGGAGACUGGGCUGUUCAAACAUCAUCAAUUAUAGUGGGAAUCUUUUAGAGCCACCUACAGUCAGUCAGAAAUCAGUGUCAAAAUUUACCAAGCUGGAGAAAAAGACGAUCAGAGGAAAAGGCUACGACUCGGACUCUGAAUCUGAUGAUGAUUAGUAAUGAUCUACACUUUUGUAAGGCUUUGAAGUCUUGUAAAGCUUAAUUUGUUUAUUCAAA